AUGCUCGAACUUGGUAGUAUAAGCGGUCACUCGGUAGCAUCAUCCAUCACGCAAGAACGGCAGCUCAGAGGCAACAACAUCAAGCCAUCGCUAUCGUCGCACACCAAGCAUCGCAAGACACCGCGGGUUUCGAAAGCACAUCCCGAAGAUACCAAGUUAGCCGAUGCCCAUCAAAGAAGUGUCAACAACUUGCCUGCUUACUCCUACUUCAGCGCCUCCCACCCCGAACAGCGAACGAGUAUCAGUCCCGCCAAUAUAGCACCCAUGGUUCAUUACACAAGGACUGGGCGCAUUAGUAAAGCGAAGAAAGGGUUGAAAGUGCAUGCAUGCGAAUGCGGCAAGUCUUACACAAGAGCCGAGCACUUGAGGCGACACCAGAAAAAUCAUCUUCAGGAUGGUACCCUUGUAUGCGACUUUCCUGACUGUGAAAGAACAUUCUUUCGGGCGGAUCUUCUACAGCGACACCAGGAACGACACGAUAUACCUGGGGAGGGAUCCCCCCUACCCUCCGAGAUUGAUCAAGACGAACCUUUAGAGCCUUUUCGAAGCUCCGAACCUAUGGCUAUAUCGUCGAGCACAACAGCUACGCUCCUUCCAGCUACACAUUACCAUCCGCUCCAGCCCGUCUCUUCCACACACGAGUCAGCCGAAGCUCCAAGGUAUAUCCAAAAUUCGUUUCGUACUCCCCAGCUUCCUCGAACCCCACGAGUUCCGUCGUUGGUUCAUAGUCAUGUUGUUCGUUCUUCUCCAAUUACGUCCAGCCCCAACCAUUCUAGGUCGCAAAGUUUUUAUACUGGCCGCCAGUCGAUAUCUGUCCCGGUAUCAAUAGAAGGCAUACCCCAUCACACGGGUUGGAGUGAUUCGUACGGUCAAUCACCUGGCUAUUCAUCAUCCAGUGGGUACGCUUCACCGAUACUUGGCGCAGGGGAUUACGCCAAUAUGUUCGCGACCCCAAACUAUGGCUCUGGCUCAUGCCGAACGCGCACUUCAUCCAAUGCAUCCUAUAUCGAACCGUGGUCAUAUCAGUCACAAUCACCAAUGUCCUGCACCUCGACCAUGCCGCAUAUGUGGACUUCCAACGAAAAGACUCUUACCGCGUCAGGCUUUUCGUACAUGGCUGCCUCCGACUCAUUCCUGAAUAUGCCGAUUCCAGGCGACGUAGACAACAUGGUACUCUACGGACAAUAUGGUCCUCAGACAAUGGCAAUGCGAGAUGAUGAAGAUGAGCUUGUCCUCUUCCCAAAUCAACCACAUGGUAUGGAUCAAAUCACCCACGUCUAUCCCUCUAAGAACUUCCUUGACAAUUACUGGAGGCUUUUUCAUCCCACUUUCCCCAUCGUCCAUCGAUCUACCUUUGAGAGUGUGAGCCCUUCACCCAUGCUCCACGCCGCCAUGAUCGCGGUCGGUGGACAUUAUUCCACCGACGCGAGUGUCAGACGGAAGUCGAGGAUCCUCCACGAGCGAUGCAUCGAGUUGCUCGAGCGGAGGCAUCGAAAUCCGCUGGCAAGUUUUGAACGACUAUGUGAUUACCAAGCCAUCUUCCUUGUUGAGUUGCUUUCUCAAUACCUAUCUCGCCGUGUUUCGAGAGUGCUAUCACCACGGUUUGAGUUGAUGUAUCACAAGAUGGCUGAAGAUGUUCGAGACGUCACGUCGAAGAUUGCUGAAAUAACAUUCUCCGUCACACAGCCCGAAUCAAACACCGUCAACCAAUGGAAUCGAUGGAUUCAGCUUUCGACUCAACAGCGCCUCUUCUUGUCCUGCUACAUUAUGGAUUACCAGCAGGCAAUAUUACUCGCCCGCGAACCUCGAGAUUCCUUCUUCCAAGAACCUGGCAUGAACUUACCAAUCCCGACACACUCUUCUGCUUGGGGAUCCUCGAGUGCUGCCGAAUGGGUUGUUGCCGUUCAGCAAAACCCAUAUCUGCCUACAUACGUUUUCGAAACCGACUCUAACUUGACCAUCAUGCCUUUCGACCCUUUUCAGUCUUCUGUAAUGCUUGCAGCACACUACAACCACUUUGGCACUCGGAACCCUUACCUUGCCCUAACCACAACCAUAAAUGUCGAGCAAUACUUAGACGCAUCGCCAAUUACGAGACAUAGACUCCUUACGGCGAAACUCCUUCAAGUGACCCCCAUCCGUGCGUUAUUGGCAGUGUCUGGAGAGUCAUGGAUUCUGUUCGAGAAAAUCACUGCUCCCCGGGUCUUGUCUACUCUUAGAAGUACUCUCAGGGUGUGGAUCAGUCAGUUAUGGUCGACUUCUACAGCAGAGCCAUACACUGUACCUGUUAGAGAGGCGCUCCGCAUAUCAAUUAGCAUACUCCAACAAGCCUUAACCGAGGGGCCUGACUAUCUAACACAUGGGAUGGGAUCUGGGAUGAGCCUGUACUUUGCGGCCUUGGUCGUUUGGGUCACGACAGUGGCGGCAAGAACAAGAGUUAUGAGGGUCCGGCAAGUGGCGACACGACGACUCCAACCACAAUCGUCACUACCAAUUGAUCCAGGAACAGUUGCGCCUAUACCACCAGCAUCCACACAGCUGUCCACAUUUGACCCAUCACUAUCUUUAAGUUCAGUCCAGCCCGGAGCCCUCGGACUCAUCCUUGGCCCACACGCCCAGCCUUCCCAAGCCAGUCCCUCCAACACUGCCGCUCUGGUCCCUCACUCUGAACUCAACAAAAACUCCAUCUCAUUCCUGUCUACCGCUUUCCAGGAUCUCAGUAGCCCUGCUUCUCCUAGCACUAUCAUGCGCUGCCAAACGGGCAGUACGAACUUGCUUCUGUGGGUCAAGCAUCUCCAUGGCGUCCAAAGCCCUACAGGUGCUCACGUAGGUAGUGGCGACGAAGGACAUGGGGAGCUGCUGAACAGUGUUAUCAGCUCUUUGAGGAGAAUCCUGGACAAAAGCUGGGAAGAAUGGCGUAUCUAA